CAGAUUCCCAUAGCACAGAUCCAUUCCUAUCCUAAACAGCAUACUAUCAUGUGCAUUAACAUACGGCGGAGCGGCUGGGCAGAGGAGGAGGUCCUCGAGAUGCCAAAAUAAAUGGUAUAUUCGUCUUUUGGCACUUCGCGUGACGUCAUCAGCGUGCUCGGAGGCAACAUGGCGGAUACAUUUGCCAAGUACCAUUGCAACUACUGCGAGGAGGAUGUGAACGGACUGAGGGUGCGGUGCUUGGAGUGCGACGACUUCGAUCUUUGUUUACAGUGUUUUGCUUGCGGUGCUGAGAUUGGAAAGCAUAGAAGUGGACACGCCUAUCAAUUUAUGGACACAGGAAACUUUAGCAUUUUCCCCGGUCAAGGCCAUUGGACUGCUAGAGAGGAGGUCAGAUUGCUGGACGCCAUUGAGCAGUAUGGGUACGGUAACUGGGAGGACAUUGCGCGCCAUAUCGAGACUCGCACUCCAGAUGAAGCAAGAAAUAAGUACAUCAGCAGUUACAUAGAUGGCGCUAUUGGGCGAGCCUCCUGGAAACCAGCAUUAGAAAGAUUGCAGCUCCCCAUUGAGCACACAGUCCCUGACACAGGACCACUCUCGCCAACUCUAGGGUCUUCACUACCCCCAGCCACCCUCCACGAGGAGAACACCAUACUUGGAUACAUGCCACACAGAGAUGAUUUUGAGAGGGAAUGGGAUAAUGAUGCAGAAACAACGAUAGCACCAUUAUUCAUUCAUCCAGUUGAUGAUGAAGAUGUGGAUAUGGCUCUCAAACUUGCACAGGUUGAUAUGUACAUGCGCCGUCUUCGUGAAAGAUCGAGAAGAAAACGGGUAGUUAGAGACUUCCAGGUUGUUCCACAAUUUUUCAAGAAGGAAAGAGAAAAAGCCCAAGUUCCUCCAAAAAAGAAAAGCAAAGAUGAUAAAGAGGCAGUUGCUGAAAAACUUAGAACAAUUAGCCAGUUUCAAACAGCAAGUGAACACAAUAAUCUUAUAAACUCCAUUGUCAGAGAGAGAGAGUUAAGAACAAGGAUAAGAGAAUUACUAAGAUAUCGUCGUAAUGGAAUUAGACAUGUGGAAGAAUGCCAUGAGUUUGAGGUAGCAAGGUCACGAAGAGACAGGAAAAAAGAAAAUAAAAAGAAAGGUGCCAGCCUGCCUCAGAUUCCGACUCAAAUGGACCUCACCGCAAAGUCAAAAGAAAACGACGCAAGAAGUCCGAAAUGUUUAGCAGAAAAAAAAUUCACGCCUCUCGAUACUGGCGGUGGAAGAUGGCUCAGCGGGAGCUUGAGCGGCAGCAGCGGGAACAACAACGACAUCUCCAGCUGGGGGAACGGGAGCAACACGCAGCAAGCACAACAGGGGGGGACUCAAGGGGGGAAUGAUGACCCCAUUGCAAUAUCCAUGUUACCAGGCUACCAUCUUUUGUCCCAGAAGGAAAGAAAGUUGUGUGCCUCCUCAAAUAUCAAGCCAUCACAGUACAUUGCUUACAAAGCUGUUUUACUUAAGGACGAAGGCGACAAGCGUCAGGCAGGUGUUGGAUCAACUACACGUGGGGUGUAUGCACUCCCCAAGGCCUAGACUCUCACUCUCAACGCAUGAUAACCACUUUCAUGACCCAAGCGGGCUGGAUCUCCUCGUUCACAUGACCACCCUUUGAUUUUGGGAUCUGAGCAGCUGGAUCUACAUCUACAGCACAAGAGUCUUGGGCAUGUAGAUUUUGAAGGCAUUAUUCUGCUGCGAUGAUCCCAAAAUAAUAAAAAUACUAGGAUGACAUUUCAAGAAAAAUAAAAGGAAUAAUGGUAAUCAUAUGAAAAUAAAUAGCUAAAAGAGGGGAAAAGUGUUCACUAAAGAAACAAAGGAAAGAAAAUAGAAAAAUAUUUGCAGUUUGAAAAGUCAAGUCUUGCAUCCCCCCAUUUUUUUUCUUCUUCUUCUUCUUUUUUUUAUCAUAAGGAGUGAUACUAUUGGAUGCUUAGCUGGUUCACUUUUAUGCUGAUUACAUAUCGGAGUCUUUUAGGCAUUUUGUAUGAGAGCUCCAUAAUUAUGUCAUUUUGAAUACCAGUCAGUAUUCCUCGGAAAAUUGUUAUAUAUAUGUGGAGUUUUCAUAUAGUGAAUGUUAAAUGGUGUUAAUCCAUGGAAAAUCAGUACAAUACUGAUUAGAUAAGCCUGCCCUCCCUAUGCUCCUUUUGAUUCAGUAAUGAAUUUUGGUAAAACUGAGUUGCAAUAUUUGCAUAAUGCUUGUACUGGUGAUGGUGAUAUUAUAUUUUAAAUUUUACAUAUUAGCAUCUGCAGGUAUACUUUCUCCUUUUUAGACACAUGCACUUCUUAAGUACCACUAGUAGCUAAGUAUAGUAUAAAAGGAUAUUUGUAAUCAAAGGAAGUAAUUGAUUAAACUUACUUUUUAGUGUGGAUAUUGUACCUGUGAACAUGUCCUCGUAUCUUUCAAGUUCUUUUAUUUGUUUAAUUGAUAUUCUGAUGGAAAACCAGGCGAAAAAUGCAGUCAAGUGCAGUGCUUAUUGAUUUUUUUUUUCUAGUCAAGAUUGAUUCGAUUUCAGUAACAUUUGAUAAUCAACUCGAAAUAUUAUUUUUUCAUAUCAGUUGCUGAUAUUUUGCUCACCAUUAUAACUUUUAAUGUUCAGAAGGUGUUCAUCUAAUCAUUGUAUAAUUUGGUCACUGAAAAGAAGGUGCAUACCAAGAAAUAUUGUUUAGUUUAGAUUUAAGGACAUUUAAUUUUUAUACAAAUCUUCUGUACCUGGAUAUUUAUCAUUUUUAAGAGAGAUGUAGUAUUUCAA